AUGCCACGGCUCCGUAAAAGCGACCGAAAGACUGUUAACGCCGGUCUGUGGGACUGGAUAUGUUUGCAUCUUAUUCUUUCGGUGUUUCAAUUUGUCACAAUUCCUAAAACACGCCAAAAUACGCCAAGAUGUGCCCGAAAACGAAGAGAUAAAAAGUAUAAAAAGGACAAAAGUCCCACAAUGUUUUCAUUGGCGGGAGGCUGUGGAUGUGUCAGCUUUAGAGGAGAGCGACGUGCACGAUCUUUAGGAGACGACUCCUCUUCAUGUCGUAGUUCCGAAAUCGAACAAGAAGUACCAAAAAAAAUUGGGAAAAGAGUACUUAAUAGCGAAUGCACAAUGAAGGCGCUUGCACCAUUCCUGAAAUUUUGGAAACGAGAUGAUGUUAGCAUGACAAAAGCUGAAAGAACCAUGAAAGCUGCCAUACUAAUACAGCAAUGGUAUCGGCGGUAUUUAGCGCGGAUGGAGGUACGGAGACGCUACACUUGGACAAUCUUUCAGAGCAUAGAGUACGCUGGCGAACAGGAUCAAGUAAAAUUGUAUAACUUCUUCAACGCGCUACUGAGCCAUAUGCGGGAAACGAGUGGCAGACCAUCUUCUGAACGGACUUCAAGAACUGCGUCUGUCACGGAACAAGUGUUUUCUGAAGAAUCAGACGAAGGGGGCGGCGUGGACGAGACAGCGCCCCCAAAGCAUUCCGGCGGUCCUGAUCUCGAAUUCCCUUUGCAACGCAAAGAUAUCGACCUGCUUAUAGAAGCAUUUAGAAAGAAAAAACAUCGCUUACAUCCCAAGCAAGUAGCGCAGAUUUUGAAGGAGGCUGCCCAAAUGUUGAAGAGGCUGCCUAACAUCAACGUGGCAACUACUUCUAUAUCAAGUCAAAUUACUAUUUGUGGCGACUUACAUGGCAAGUUGGACGACUUACUUGUCAUAUUUCAUAAGAACGGGUUACCAUCACCCGAGAACCCAUACAUAUUUAACGGAGACUUCGUUGAUCGCGGCAAGAAGGGUUUGGAGGUGUUUUUGCUGUUAUUGGCCUGCAUGCUGGCUUUCCCUGGAGGAGUUUAUUUAAAUCGAGGCAACCACGAAGAUCUCAUUAUGAAUUCCAGGUACGGUUUUAUAAGAGAAGUUCAUCAAAAGUAUCGGCACAACGCUGAGCGCCUGUUAAAGCUGAUCGAGAAUGUGUACCGCUGGCUUCCUUUGGGAACUAUUAUUAAUAAUCGUGUUUUCGUCGUUCAUGGCGGAAUAUCUGAUACCACGGACUUGGAUAUGGUGAAAAGCCUAGAAAGAGAUAAGUACGUAUCUCUCUUGCGGCCUCCGAUGAAUGAAAGCGCGAAUCCCGCUGAAGUGAUCGACAAGGUGGAGUGGAAGCAGGUAUUCGAUAUUCUCUGGUCGGAUCCUCAAAGCACAGGCGGCUGUGUGGCGAAUGCUUUACGCGGUGCGGGCACGUAUUUUGGACCUGAUGUCACAGUCACUUUCUUGAGCAAGAAUAAAUUGAGUUUUCUAGUCAGGAGUCAUGAAUGCAAACCUGGCGGUUACGAGAUCAUGCAUAAUGGAAACGUGAUAACAAUAUUUUCGGCAUCGAACUAUUACGAACUUGGUUCAAACAAAGGCGCUUAUCUAAAGCUAUGCGGGAAUUCUCUAGACAGACAAUUUGUUCAAUAUACGGCGGCGGUAUCUCGUACUCGCCGUCUUACAUUUCGCCAGAGAGUUGGUUUGGUAGAGUCUUCUGCUAUGAGAGAAUUGCACAGCCAUGUUAUGAUGGCACGAAGAACUUUAGAAGCAACUUUUAGGAGUAUGGAUCUGGAUCAAAGUGGUUUUAUCACAAUAAGCGAUUGGUGUUACGCAAUGGAAGAAACAACACACCUUGGUCUGCCGUGGCGUAUGCUGAAGGAUAAACUUGUUCGCACCGACCCAGAGACGCGCCGCGUGCGGUACAUGGACACUUUUGAUUUGACUGCAAAUAAAUUUGGUCGGAAGUCCGACACUCAAACAGUCGUCGAAACACUCUACAAAAAUAAAAGGAGUUUGGAGGCUAUAUUUAAAAUUCUCGACAAAGAUAAUUCAGGUUAUAUAACUUUAGAAGAAUUUUCCGAAGCUUGUCAAUUAUUGGGCAAAUAUAUGCCAAAUCCGAUGACUCAAGAUCAGCUCGUCGAUAUAUGUAGAUUAAUGGAUAUAAAUAAAGACGGCCUCGUUGAUCUGAAUGAGUUUUUGGAGAGCUUUAGGCUUGCAGAGAAAAGUUUACACGAUGAAGACAACACACUGGCCGAACUACAGGCUACC